GUGCUGUUCCGGGUGCUCACCUUCGGGCUGAACGCCUUCACCCUCCGCUACCUGUCCCGGGAGCUCAUCGGCGUGGUCAAUGUCAGGCUGACUCUGCUGUACUCCACAGUUGUCUUCCUCGCCAGGGAGGCGUUUCGCAGAGCUUGUUUGAGUGGGAGUGCCAAGAGAAACUGGACCAAAACAAUUAAUCUCUUGUGGCUGACAGUCCCUCUUGGUGUCUUUUGGUCUCUUAUCUUGGGCUUAGUCUGGCUACACUUGCUUGAAGUACCCGACCCUUCUGUGGUUCCUCACUAUCAGGCUGGUGUAUUGGCAUUUGGUCUUUCUGCCAUUAUUGAACUCCUGGGAGAGCCACUCUGGGUUUUAGCACAAGCUCAUUUGUUUGUGAGACUUAAGGUAAUUGCUGAAAGCCUUUCAGUAGUGUCAAAAUGCAUUUUGACAGUUACUUUAGUAAUCCUUUAUCCUCAAUGGGGCCUUUACAUUUUUUCCUUGGCUCAGCUUUUAUAUGUCAGUGUUCUGGUAAUGUGCUAUGUAAUUUAUUUUGUGAUGUUUCUGGGAUCUCCUGAAGCCACAAAGAAGUCAUUUCCAGUUUCUAGAGUGAAAGCUCUAUUACCUAGCUUUGUGGAAGAUGAGACCUUUGUGAACUGGAGGGAAGCACGCCUGACUUGGAGUUUCUUCAAACAAUCCUUCUUGAAACAGAUUUUGACAGAGGGUGAACGAUAUGUGAUGACUUUUUUGAAUGUGUUAAAUUUCGGGGAUCAGGGUGUCUAUGAUAUUGUGAAUAACCUUGGUUCACUGGUGGCCAGGUUUAUCUUUUUGCCAAUUGAGGAAAGCUUUUAUGUAUUUUUUGCUAAAGUGUUGGAAAGAGGGAAGACUGUAAAGGAUCAGAAGCAGGAUGAUGUUGCUAUGGCUGCAAAUGUAUUGGAAUUGCUGCUGAAACUUGUGCUCCUGAUUGGCCUCACCAUCACUGUUUUUGGCUAUGCCUAUUCUCAGCUGGCUCUGGAUAUUUAUGGAGGCUCAAUGCUCAGUUCUGGAACAGGUCCAGAUCUCCUGCGGUGUUACUCGUUGUAUGUCCUGUUUCUUGCUGUCAAUGGGGUAACAGAAUGUUUUACAUUUGCCUUAAUGUGCAAAGAGGAAGUGGACAGGUACAAUUUUGUUAUGCUGGCCUUGUCUUUCAUAUUUCUGUGCAUCUCUUAUUUCCUGACCCACUGGUAUGGCAGUGUGGGCUUUAUCCUUGCCAACUGCUUCAACAUGGGCAUCAGGAUAGCUCACAGCACCCACUACAUCCAUCACUACUUCAGAGAGAGCAGCCACAGACCCCUGGCAGGCCUGCUGCCCUCCCCAGCUCUGCUGCUGGCUUACACCCUCAGUGCUGGGCUCACUGCUGGCUCAGAGGUGUGGUUCUGCUGUGACAAGGGCUGGAUGGCCAGGCUGAUCCACAUCAGCACGGGUGCCCUGUGCCUUGCAGCCACCCUGGUCACCAUGUUCUGCACAGAGACCAAGCUCGUCCACUUUGUCAGGAGCCAGUUCCUCUCCCGCUAUCUGAAGAAAGGAACAUGACCUGCUCCUGUGCAGAACACUUCUUGUAUGUGCUUGCAGUAAAGGGCUGUGGUUUUUACCAUAA